AUGUGUUCUUCUAUUCAUCUUCAUAUAGGAGGAGCUGGAGUUAUGAUAGGUGAUGAACUAUGGAAACUUUAUUAAAAAGAAUAAACAGACAAAAAUGCAAAAAUUUAUAAUUACAAUGAAAACGAUAGUAAUUAUUUUCCAUUAGCUCUAUUUAUGGAUUUAGAUGAUCGUAUGGUAAAUGAAGUCAAAAAGAAUAAAUAAAUAAAUUAUAAAUCUACCUCCUUUAUUACAGGGAAGGAGGAUUCGGCAAACAACUAUUGUAGGGGUCAUUAUACAAUUGGAAAAGAAAUAAUGGAUAAAUGCUUAGAUUAUGUGAGAAAAUAAGUGGAAAGUGUUGACAAAAUAGAUUAAUUCAUUAUUACUUCUGCUUUAAGUGGUGGAACAGGAUCAGGUUUUUCUUCAUUACUUUUGGAAAGAUUAUCUGUUGAUUAUGGAGUAAAGGUUGAAAAAAAUGCAUUUUUAAUAUAUCCUUCUCAAGAAAUGUCUAACAAUACAGUGGAUGCCUUUAAUGCUGUUUUAGCUACUCAUAUGACCAUAGAACAUUGCGACUGUGUAGUAAUGUUGGAUAAUUAAUCAAUGUAUAAAUCCAUAGAUUCACAGAUUGGUUUGGAUUAUGUUGAUUAUACUCACUUAAAUAAUUUAGUAUCAUAAUUAAUUAGUUCUUACACUGGUCUAAGAAGAUUUAGUAAGAUAGAUAAUAAGAAAUUAUUGUCAGAACUCUGUCCCUAUCCAAGAAUUCAUUAUGUAAUUCCCUCAUAUGGACCUUUGGCAUCUAUUAAUGAUUAAAUCAAUUAAGAAUUAAAUGAAAAAUAACUGAUAUCAUUAAUAACAAAACCUGCUUAAAGGUUAUUUCAAUCAGAAAUUAAUCCUGAACACAUUUGCGCAUCCAUAGUACAUCGUUCUAAACAUAAUAAUCAAUUUUUUGGUUAAUCUGAUUUAACUCUUUAAACGAUGAGAAUUAAACAUUAAAAUAUUCCUAAUGUGUAUCAAUGUUUAUCUUAAAAUUACACAUCUAUAUCAGAGCUUGCUUAAUUAAAGUAAACUGGCAUAUUACUUUCAAAUGAUGCAAAUUUGUUCAAUUACUUUGAUAAGCUUGGAAAGAAGUAUGACAAAAUCUAUUCGAAAAGAGCCUUUGUUCAUUGGUUCGUAGGAGAAGGUUGUGAGUCUGGGGAGAUGUCAGAGUGCAGAGAAGAUUUAGCUGCUCUUAGCAAAGAUUAUGAAGAUAUGACAGAUGGAGCAAUCCAUUCUUGUGAAGUUUUCGAUGAAGACGAUAUUGAAUGA